AUGGCUAACUUGAAGGUGCUUUUGGCUGUCUACUUAUUUGGCGGUAUCACAUUUUUGCCCUUCGUCCUUUUCAUCCUCUAUGAGGUACAUGUAUUGUACAGUAACCUUGAAUCUGCAUCGAAAAAGGAGGCAAAUCACGACGAAGGAGAACAAGUUGAUGAGAAAAGCAGACUUUUAGCUCGCGAUAUCGACCCAGAUUUCAAGGCUGGCAGGCUAGAAGAAAAAUUGGGCGUUGAUGUUUCUAGCAAGGGUUGGAUCACAGUGACUAAGCAGUAUUAUUACCAUUCUUCAGAGGUGGCUGUGAUUUUGAAAAAUUCCAGUAACAAGGAUUCCGAUACUGCACUUCAGGAGCAGAUCUUACAAAGAACAGACUUGAAGAAAAAGCAAAGAUUUUUUGCCGUUCUAAGACACGGUAAUUUGUUCUUAUAUAAAGAUGGCUCCCAAAAUGCAAAUCUGGUACAUGCCAUAUCUUUGCAAAACAGAUUCAUCACCAUUUGGCCCCGUUACGAUGAAAUGGGCAAGGAAGAACUGUCCGAUGCUUCGCUUUUCACUAAGAGAACUUGCAUUGCCAUUUUUAAAAAUGAGCUCGUUUCCAUAGAUUCUAAAAAUCAUAACGUCAUCUUACCACAUUUCGACCCACUUACUAGUGCAGAAUCGAAUAAUGGUGACAUCUCCAACAAUGACACUACACAUGAGUAUCAAUCACAGUUUCAUAGUUCGAACCAGUUCUUCUUGUACUUUGACAAUAACAUGGAUAAGGAAGACUGGUACUAUCAGUUGAUCAAUGCCUCGAAAAGUAACAACAUCUCCUCAGCUAAUUUAUUAAACCCUAAUCUUUCAGCGAACGCUGCUCAUUUGAAAACUAAAGAUAUGCUACAGUUGAUUCAAGACAUCAAUUCCACGGAAAAUCAGUUGACUACUAAGUGGCUGAAUGCUCUCUUUGGCAGAAUAUUUCUUUCGUUGCAACAAACUGAUACGUUGAACGAAUUUAUUCACGAGAAAAUUUGCAAAAAAUUGAAUAAGAUAAAAACUCCAGGAUUUUUGGAUGACUUGGUGGUUGAAAAAGUCGACGUAGGUGAUAGCGCACCAUUAUUCACAUCUCCCGAACUAUUAGAAUUAUCUCCUGAAGGCUCCACCAAAUUUGCCAUCGAUGUUCAAUAUAGGGGAAACCUAACUAUUAUCAUAGCGACAAAGGCGAACAUUAACCUAGGAUCCCACUUUAAACAAAGAGAAGUUUCUUUGCAAUUAUCCAUAAAAAUUAAAGAACUUUCGGGUCCACUUUUAUUUCUAAUCAAACCACCACCAUCUAAUAGGGUUUGGUAUGCCUUCCGUUCUGAGCCUAUUAUGGAUUUUGAAAUUGAACCUAUCGUUAGUUCAAGCAAAUUAUCAUACAACGUCGUCACCAAUGCCAUCAAAAGCAAGUUUGCUGAAGCUAUAAAGGAAUCCCUAGUCGUGCCAUUCAUGGAUGACAUCGUCUUCUACUCAACACCCAAUGAAAUUUACAGGGGUGGUAUCUGGGAGGAACAGGACCCUGAAGCAGUAGUUGAGGCUCACGCAACUGCUGCCGUCCCAGGUACGAAUACCAGUGCCAAGGAACAUUUGGCAGCUGUUCAAGAUGGUCGAACAAGGACUCAAAGUAGAAUAAAAAAGGUUCUGAGGUCAGAGAGAAAGAAAGAAAACUUAAAAGAUGUUGUUGAUGCACCUGCGGUAACAACAAAAACCACUACCCAGGCAACAGUCACUACAGCCACGAAUGAUGAUGUUUCCAGUUCUGAAAAUUCCACCAAAUCAAGGAAGUACUUCAAAAAUUCAAUCAAGAAAAUCGGAAAAUGGUACAAAGAUAAUGUUGGUAAUUCAAGUGACACUGAAGACAUGGAUUAUGCUGAUCUGCAAGAUAAAAAGAACGACGAUUCAACAGAAGAGAAAGAAUCUGAUAAUCCUAUACUCACUUGCAGCCCUAAAAUGAUUUCGAAUAGAAGACCUGUUCCUAGGAGACCCUCACAACAAGCGUUAAAUUCAGCAUCUCCAAAACUUGAGGGCAAGAUGGAAAAGGAUACAGAAGCUUUUCCAGUUCCGCCUGCAUCUUCAAAAGUAAAUGCUUCAGAAAUGUUUGCAAACAAAGAAAACAGGAAAUUUUCUGUGUCCUCAAACGGUUCUCAAAAUUCACUCAAUAGUGACCCCCAUACGAAAACCCAGAAACUUGAAAGCUCCCAAGCUUUUGUUAAGAAAACUCCUUCAAAUCGUUUUAACGAUGGAUUCUUCAAGCAAGACUUGGAAUUCGAAGAACAACGAGAACCCAAAGUGUGA